GCACUGCGCCUCCCGCCGCCCGCUCGCCCGCCCGCCGCCCGCUCGCCCGCCCGCCGCCGGCGCCGCCGCCCAGCUAUCCGGCCGCGGUGGCUCAGACCGCGGCUGCGGCGGGCGCGGGCGGCGGCGGCCCGCCCGUCCUGGGACCUUCGCCUGCGCGCCUACCCGCGGGGGAUCGGUGCCCGCUCCGGCCCUCCGCCGGGACCGGGACGUCAGGCCCCCGGCCCCGCCGCCCCCCCACGGCCUGGCUGUACCAUGAUUGCUGCCUGACCUUGGACAAGCUUGCCCCUUGCUGGAAAAUGGGAUGACAGUACCUGGUUCAUCUAUUAGGAAGAUCAAGAGAAGUAGCAGAUCUGGAGGCGAUCUGCUGUGAAGAGUUGUGCUCACGGUUCUAGAUGAGGAAGUUGAGGCUCAGAGAAGGAAAGUGAUACACUCAAGUCCUGUGAUCCCAGUCCAGGAACCAGGUGGUCAGCCGCCCGGCCUUGAGGCCGCCACAGCAUGCCUUGGGACGCACGGCCCGGGGGUGGUGCGGACGGCGGGCCUGAGGGCGCAGGCGCGGCGCGCUCUCGGGCGCAGAAGCAGUGUCGCAAGUCGUCGUUCGCCUUCUACCAGGCCGUCCGCGACCUGCUGCCGGUGUGGCUGCUCGAGGACAUGCGCGCCAGCGAGGCCUUCCACUGGGACGAGCGCGGCCGCGCCGCCGCCUACUCGCCCUCCGAGGCGCUGCUCUACGCGCUCGUGCACGACCACCAGGCGUACGCCCACUACCUGCUGGCCACGUUCCCGCGCCGCGCGCUCGCGCCGCCCAGCGCCGGCUUCCGCUGCUGCGCCGCGCCCGGGCCGCACGUGGCGCUGGCCGUGCGCUACAACCGCGUGGGCAUCCUGCGCCGCAUCCUGCGCGCCGUGCGCGACUUCUCGCCCGAGGAGCGCGCGCGCCUGCUGGACCGGCGGGGCUGCGGCCGCGUGGAGGGCGGCGGCACGGCGCUGCACGUGGCCUGCGAGCUGGCGCGCCCCGAGUGUCUCUUCUUGCUGCUCGGCCACGGCGCGUCUCCCGGCCUGCGGGACGGCGGCGGCCUGACGCCGCUGGAGCUGCUGCUGCGCCAGCUGGGCGGCGACGCCGGGGCCACCAACGCCGCCGCCGCCGCCGCCGCCGCCGCCGCCUCCGGGGUGCCCGCCGCGCCCGGGGAGACGCGCCAGCGCCGCCUGCUGCUGCUCGACCUGCUAGCGCUGUAUGCGCCCGCCGGCGCCGCCGCGCCCACCCGCCGGGAGCUGCUGGGCGACCGGCCGCGCUGGCAGCGGCUGCUGGGCGAGGACAAGUUCCAGUGGCUGGCGGGUCUGGCGCCGCCCUCGCUCUUCGUGCGCGCCAUGCAGGUGCUGGUCACCGCCAUCUCGCCUGGACGCUUCCCCGAGGCCCUGGACGAGCUGCCCCUGCCGCCCUUCCUACAGCCGCUGGACCUCACGGGCAAGGGGUAGACCUUGCCGGGGUGAGGGGGCAACACCCCUUGGGCGGUGGAUUUUUGGAAAAUCUAUUUUUCGGAGCGAUGUACCCAGCACUUUACAUAUAUUGGUCUCUGUACAGGAGAA